UCUCUCUCUCCUUCUCCCAUCUUCCCCUGAAUCUUGAAAUUUUCCUUAAUCUCUCCAAAACCCAAAAACAUAAUCAUUUGAUUCCUAUAUUUUUUUCUACCAAAAUUUUCAAAUCACCCCAUUUUUAAGAGCUGUUUGAUUCAUUGAUCUGGUGUUCUUGAUUUGAUCACACCACUUUAUAGAUUGAUAAAUGAAUGUAGCAUUUUGAUCAUUAUAAAGAAUUGGGUUUUGAGCUUAAUACUUGGCGGCAAGAAGCAAGGGAGUGGGAGCUUAGCACGGGGACUGAAUUUGAACUCGAAGAAGUAACUACAGUGACUGGAGGGAAGUUUUAGUUCAUGGUGCUUUGCAAGUCCACUUUGAAUAUUUUUCCACCACUCCUCAGCUCCUGAUAGAACUUUUACCGCUGAGACUUCUUUCUUCUUUACUUUAGCUAUUUCCUUCUGUAGUCGACCCCUGCCUUUGAAGUUUUUUUCCGAGGGCCUAUACCUGCUCAUUCUUUACUUUUCUUUAUUUCGCAGCAUAAAUAAGUAGUUACGAUGUUCUAGCUUCCCAUUUUAUGUGGUGAAGAAGAUGGCACACAAUUCCGAGGAAGAAAAAAAAGAGGACUACCUUUUCAAGAUUGUAUUGAUUGGUGAUUCUGCAGUUGGUAAAUCGAAUUUGCUUGCUAGAUUUGCUAGAGAUGAAUUCUAUCCAAACUCAAAAUCGACAAUUGGAGUAGAAUUUCAGACUCAAAAGAUAAACAUAAAUGGAAAGGAGGUUAAAGCGCAGAUAUGGGAUACGGCUGGUCAAGAACGAUUUAGAGCAGUUACUUCUGCAUAUUACAGAGGUGCAGUUGGAGCUCUUCUGGUUUAUGAUAUUAGUAGGCGCCUGACUUUCGAUAACAUUGGUCGAUGGCUUAACGAGCUUCAGACUCAUUCGGACAUGAAUGUGGUUAUAAUACUCGUUGGCAACAAGUCUGAUCUCAAAGACGCCAGGGAAGUUACAACAGCUGAAGGCAAAGCGUUGGCUGAGGCGAAAGGUCUAUUUUUCAUCGAAACUUCAGCUUUGGAUUCAUCGAAUGUAACUUCUGCUUUCCAGACAGUUGUUAGGGAGAUCUAUAAUAUUCUGAGCAGGAAAGUUAUUCAAUCUCAAGAGCUCCAGAAAAAGGACUCGGGCCGACUAGCAAAUGGUAAGUCUGUGGUUUUGCAGGCUGAUGAUGGAAAUCAAGAAACAGUUGCAGAAACAAAGAAAGGUGGAUGUUGUUCAUCAUAAGUAAAAUAAUCUAUAUGGAGUCGUCUUCAAUGUGGGACUUCUUGGCGUGAAUUCAGAUUUACUCGGGCCUGAAUACAGGUACUGGACACCGAGUG